AUUUUGUUCUUAGUUGCAUUGAAAACGAACAGACGAAUCACGACAGUCAACGUGAGUGUGUACGAUAGUGUGUGCAAUCCCAUUGAUAGUGUAAAGUCUCAGGCAGAGAUCACAUUGCUUCAAGAAAUCAAAAGAAGGACAGAGCCAACAACACACAGUGGGGCCAGCAGCGUGAUGGUGUUUCGGACAGCAAAGGACGUGCAUAUCAAGUCAUUGUGGGCUUGACGUAUGGCUUACAAUUGUCGUAAAGUUUUCAACUAGACACCGAUCUUGCCAGUGCUUUUCAUUGGCGCCGAAAAGAAAACCAUCUAAAGACCAGAUUGAGCCAGGAUUAGCUGGUGGUGGUGGUGGUGGUGGUGGUGGCGGCUGCUGUUGCUGGAUUGUCGAGUGGUGCGGAGUAGCUGACCGCGCGAAAAGAAGAGCCCUGGCACCCAAUCUGCGAUCCAACGCCGUCGUCGUAGCCGCCGACGCUGCAUCGUCUUCGCUGUCGUGUCCGCACGACACAACAGGCCAUGGCCGUUCUGCCUCUUUGCUUCUGCGGCGAUCCCGAAAACAACCACAACAACCUUCCAACCGCAACAACUCAACGUACGUCAAAGGAUCGCCAAACAGUCGGCAUCAGCGAAGCGUCGGAUAUUCGCCUUCAUUUUGUUGUUCCGGCGCUGCUCUUCCGGCGGUUGUUGUCGGUCCCUGUGACGCUACUUGCCCGGCUACAGUUGCCAUCGUCCUGCAUCCGUCAGCUCUGCCCAAGCGACUUCAAAACGUGCUCGACGAUAAGAAGCGACUGACCGUCUCGCAGCGCCCAGCCGAUUCGAACCGCCGCCGCCACCUCAUCGCCGGACGGACGGCGAUGUCCGACAACUUCAUCUACGGAGAUAUCACAAGAGAAUUGUACGAGAUAUGGUGCCGCGUGGUGCCCAACGGCAGCGCUGUUGUUGCUGAAACCCAACGGCUGCAAUCGCUCUUCCACCAGGCCAGCGUCUACCCGUCACAGUCGCAGAUCCUCGAGAUGAUCCACUGCGCCAGAGAGCGCGAAUUGCAGUUACAACAACAACAACAACAACAACAAGAGGAAGCCGUCGUCAUGCCUGCGGCUUCGACAUCCACCUCACUCGGAUGCGGAUCGAAGGAUCCGCCGCAAACGGACGGCAACCGACAGCCACGCAAUUUCUUGACGUUCGGCGAAUUUUGCCUGUUUGCUCACGAAUUGCGCAAGUCCUACGAACGAGAGAUACCUCGACCGACGCAGUUGUCGAAAGUGGUCGACAUCAAGAGCAACGACAAGAAGAUGUGCGACCGCAAGAUCUCAAAAUCUGCCGCCAAAUAUCAGGUGUUCCUGGGCGGCUCGUGCAAUCCAACCACCUGGAGGCAAGACAUUGCUAUUCCUCUACUCAAAACGUGGGGUCUCACCUACUUCAAUCCACAAGUACCGCAAUGGGGACCGGAAUUGAUUGAGAAAGAACACCAAGCGAAACAAACGGCUGACGUCCUGUUUUUCGUGAUCGAUAAACAAACACGAAGCGUGGCUACGAUCGUCGAAGCCGCUUAUUACACGGCAGCGCAAAAGACGUUUAUUCUCGUCAUUCACGCACUGGACGGGCCCGGCCAGCUCAUCCAGGGAGAACCCAUUACAGAACGGGAAUAUGAGGACUUGGCUACCGGUCAGCUCGUCUUACAGGAUAUGGUCGAACGGCUGGGCAUACCCGUUUUCAACAACAUCAGAUCGGCGCUAGAUUGCACGGCCAAGAUAUUAAAAGAACGCAUCACUGUCCAAGAACUAGGACUCAACGAUGGAAUUAGCCCGUUGAAAAAUCCUCAUUACCCCAUAGGCGACAAGUUGAUUAAACUGCGCGAUGCGUUCAACGCGCUGGACACGAGCAAUUCGGGUGAAAUCAGCAUGGCAGACGUCUGCAUGGCUUUUCGAAUACUCACCAACAGAGAUCUCUCGGUGGAUGAUUUGAAGAAUAUAGUGGCCAGCAGUAACGAACAAGCAUCGGUUUCCUUUGAUCAGUUCUGCUGUAUCUUGACCGAGUUUCGUAAUUUGCCUGCCGAUAACCAAAGACGUCUGUGGGACGUGCUGGUCGGCAAGGCCGCAGCCUUGCUCUACUCGGUGGUCUCGCCCGUCUCGCGAAUUCUCUGCCGUCCGAGUCCGAAAGGAGUGGCUAGAUGUGACAGCUCCUCGCCAGAGGUGACAGUAGGUGGAGCCAGAGAUAUCUAUUUGGGAGGAUCUUGCGGGUCCACCAUCUGGCGUGAACAGACGGCCAUCCCGCUACUCAAGAAGAGCGGAUUGACAUACUUUAAUCCGCAGACGUGUGGAUGGAGUCGACGGUUUAUUCCGAUCGAAGCGGCGGCCAUGGACGCCAGCCGGGUCUUAUUGUUUGUUGUCUCGCGAGAAACACGUUCGCUUUCGUCGAUGGCCUUGGCCGCCCAUUACAUUGGACUCGGUUGCAAUGUGGUCCUGUGCAUUCAACGCUUACCCGACAAUGCGGAAAUCAACGAGGAUCGGCUCUCGUCUUGCGCCAUCAAGGACUAUAAUCGCGGUCGCAAUUACCUUUCCGAUUUGGCCAAUCGAGAAGGAAUCCCCGUCUUUGAGGAGGUCAAAGAAGCGGUAGAAUGUGCCAUCCAGCGCUGCCACCAACAGCUGAUCCUCUUACAAAAUCAGCAAACUCAAACGCAGCAGCAACAACGAUAAAAAAACAAAAAACUGUCGGCUACUUUUUUUUUUUCUCCUUUCCUCCCAUUUCGAUUUAAUGAUUUUUUUUAAAUCCCUUCUCCCCAUUUUUUUUUUUUUUGGUACAAGGAUAGACGAGGAAUGUGUGUACGUGAUUUCGCCGCAGCAAAACUUACCAGUCGGGAGCAGCUUUUUUUUUUUUUUUCGAUGUUUACUUUUCUUUUUGCCGGAAGUGAAAUGAACACAAGGUAAAGUGAAACGAAACGUGUGUGCGUGUGUGUAAUGCCUCUUUUUUUUUUUCAAUCCACACGUGGAUCCCCAAAACCAGGAAGAUGAUAUUAUCUUGCGCCGGUGUGUGUGUGUGUUUGUGUCCUCUUUGUGGCCGUGCCUUUCAAUUGAUUAAAAAAACAGGACGAUAUGUUUAAUCGCGAACUCAAUCUCUUUCAUUGUUUGUGUGUCUACGUUGACGGCCAGCUAUUCAUUUCUCCGGAGACGGAGGACAAUUGUACUACCCCCAACUCGAUCCGUUUGUUCUUCAUCGAUUUCAUUUUCAGCUGCUAAUCCAUUUAUCUGAUUUCCGCUAUAUAUGUGUGUCUAUGUAAUCCCUGGAGCUCUCAGGUGUAAUCAACGCUGCCUUUUGUUGCUUGACAAUUUAUUCAUUAUCUUGGUUUGUUUUCGAUUUCGUCUGGAAUAACUCUGGCUAAGCCGUGUGUGUUCUUUUUUUUUUUUCGAGAGGGGGAUACGUUCCCAAAUGAUUGUGUUUAUUUUUGGUAGCGUUUGGCUAACGAUUCGUGUACAUAAUGCGUUUUGAAUCGUGGUGCCAUGCGGCAGCAAACCAUCAAACGCAUCCCAUCACAUAAUUAUUUUUGUUUUCUUACUUAAAAAAAAAAAAUGUUUUAUUUUGA